GCCAGGUAGCACCCCAACUGGAUCUCUUUUCGCCUGGUCAGAUGUGCGCCGCCGACUCGCUCUUCUUCACUUCUCCUCUGCAUCCUACUCGUCCCUACUUUUGCAUCGUCGACUAAUAUUUUGCUUCCUGCCGCCUCUCUCGACCGGCCCUUUUCGCUCUCCAUGUCUCUCGAUCGCAUGUAUUAGUUACUCGAUACUCGACCAUCCUCCACAGCGAAACUCGGCGGCCUCGUCCCCUGGCCAUGGAGUUUCGAGGAGCUGCAAUGGAUUUCGCCCGGCACGCGGCUCUGCAAGUCGCCGACUAUGCACGAAGCGUCGAUACCGACCAAAUUACAUUUGCGUUUGUCCCGGCGGCCAUUCUCCUCUUCAGCACGCCAAUUUAUUUCGCUAUUCUCCUUCACAAUGUACGGAGAGCCCAGCCAAACCCGGCGCUUCAUGAGCAACUUAUUAUUACAACAUGUAUAACGGCUACAGCUAUCAUAAAUGCAGCGAUUUGGUACUCUUCUGCCAUUCGAAACUCGAUCCACGCAAUUACCAUCGCCAUACCCGCAAUUUGCGCAUUAGCCACGCUUGUCCGGAUAUUUGCACAACAGGCGACAGGCAAACAGUCAUCAUUAUUAUGUAGUGCAUGCCUUAGUUUGACUACCAUAGGCGAUAUUACUGCGACAAAGAAUUGCUCCGCGUUUGGCGGCGUCAUGCCCAUCCGCAUAGUGUCUGCUAUCGCUGUUGGCUUGAAGUUUUGGCUCGUUGUCUUGGACCAGGCCCCGAACAGGACAAGUACUUCUCCUGGCCGACUUCGACGUGUUAUUCAACCAGUCAAAUCUUACUUUUGGCAAUGCUUCUUUGCUCUUUGGAUAAAGGCAUUUCGACUCAGCGACGAUAUGUGUGUUCGUGAUCUUCCUGCCUUGAAAGCAGAAUUUGAACUGUCUGAUCUACAAAGAUUGUUUCAGCUGGCAUGGACACAUGUUGCAAAAGACAGCCCCUUCGCGCUUCUUAUUACUUGCCUACAAGCGUCCAAAAGAUCUGUCUUGGUGUCGUUUACGUCCCGCCUAGUGUUCGGCAUCUUAAGGCUUUAUCAAUCGAUUUUGGUGCUCCAUAUUCUACAGGCUAUUAACAACGACAAGCUCUCCACCGGUGGUGUUGUGCUCGUCCUCUGCAAGACUGCAUCUCUUUACCUAGGCCUCGCAUUGUCCAACCAUAUCCAUAAAGUCAAUCUCCAUACCUCCUUGGUCCGGGUUCGGAGCAUGCUUGAGUCCACCAUAUUUUCAAAGACUCUGAAGCUGUCGAGAGCCCAUCUGAUUGACGCUGAAGCAACUUCGCUUAUGAGUUCCGACAUCGACGCGGCCGAGGCUAGUCUGCCAUUCAUAAUCACCUGGAGCUCGAGCGUGUUCGAAAUAAUCGUUGGCACUUAUCUCUUAUAUUGUGCUGUCGGUGACGCGUUAUUCUUGGGCCUUAUUCCGGUGCUAGCUGUUGUCGCAGUGGCGGUUGUUAUCUCUAUGCAGCUUAAACCUUCGCAACUAGCCUGGACGAAAAUUGUGGAUAGACGCAUCGCCCUUACAGCAGGUUCUCUUUCACAGCUACAGAGCCUAAAGGUUUGCGGGCUUACCAAUAUAGUCUCGGAUUCGAUCCAUGAUCUCGCUGAAGAGGAAAUCAGCGGUUCCCAGUGGCCAGCUCUUUGUUAUGCUAUGUUACAUCUCUUCUUCGAGUUUACAUCCCAGGUAGUGCCGCUUAUUAUCCUGGCAGGAGUUUACUAUGGUAAGACCAUUGGUACGACCCUCUCUGUUGCCGAGACGCUGUCUACCUUUGCCCUUCUCUCUGCCACCAGCGAGCCAAUUAGCAAGGUGUUUGUACAGUUUGCACAAUACGGCCCUUUUCUCAACAGCUUCGGCAAAAUCCAAACAUUCCUCUUAAUGGAAGAGUUGGCACAUAGCCGCAUCACGACUGAUGCUGCUGAUGCGGAGGACGACAAUGAGCCAAGAGAACGAAGACGAGACACCAACCGACAACUUUGUGCCUUGUUAAAAGCAAUGGAAUUUACCGAUCCUCACAUAGUUGAAUUGGUACAAGCCUCGCUCAUCGUUACCAAUGGUGAUAAGGUCAUUUUAGACAGGGUUAACCUCGGCUUGGCACCACGCACCACCACCGUCAUCGUCGGCCCUACUGGAUGUGGUAAGACUGCAUUCAUAAAGACGCUUAUUGGCGAAAUGCCCCUCGACCGCGGCCGUAUUCUUAUGAGCACAAAAUCUGUCGCCUAUUGUGGCCAAGAGCCUUGGAUCGAAAACACUUCUAUCCGUAAGAAUAUUGUUGGAGGUGAUGUGUAUGACAGGGCAUGGUACGGGGAAGUGCUGAAGGCGUGCGACUUGCGCCCUGAUUUCAAGUGUCUGCCACAAGGAGAAAAUACCUGUGCUGGCGUGAGCGGUUGUAACCUAAAUCGCGACCAGAAGCAACGCGUUGCUCUCGCAAGAGCCCUUUAUUCCUGUCAGUCGGUGUUGAUCCUUGACGAUAUCUUCGCAUCGCUAGACCAAACAAUCGCCGAAAAAGUAUUCCGACGACUCUUCUGCCCUAACGGUAUUUUCAAACGCUGCGGCACCACGGUUAUUCUGGCUACAUCGCUAUCUGAUUAUAUCACUGCUGCCGACACUCUCCUCUCUAUGGAUAAUGAUGGAGGUUUAACUGUUGAAGAAAACCGACAGGUUAACAUCCAGCCCGAAUAUUUGUUGAGCGAGAACGAUUUAGAAAACGACGAUGAAAGUCCGGACACCAAAAGGCGCUCCGGCGUUCCCUUGGCUCAGGGCGCAAUGAAGACGCUGCCCAGUGCUGUCGCCGGAAGUAAUAGCCUGCUUCCCCCUGACGGUAAUGUUUCAAUCUAUGCUUUCUUCAGGAGUUUUGGCACUGCCCGCAUGGUGGCCGGGCUUCUUGCCCUCUUGCUCACAGCGCUGCUUGUUCAUGGCAAAGCCAUCUACCUAAGCAUCUGGAUGUCUCAGGCCCCUUCGGAUCGGACAUGGUUCGCAGGAUAUGCUGCCUUUAGUGCCGUAUUCAUCCUUACUCUUGCCUUAGCUCUCGCUUGUCAUCUUGUGUAUCUGGCGCCAGCAUCAUACGGAGUAAUGCACCAGAAGCUUCUCUCUAGUGUCAUGGACUCUAGACUCGCAUUUCUGGCACCCAAGGAUAACAUCUACAUGUUAACCCUAUUCAACCAGGAUAUGGCCUUAAACUCACAAAGCUCUUCGUACAAUUUCACGGAAGUGGCUUUUGUGAGCCUCCUUAUAUUCGUUGAAGGCCUUAUUGUUGGUUUUGGUACUCUAUACACAAUAGCGCUGAUGCCAUUCGUUAUUAUUGCGGCAUCGGUCGUCCAAGACUUCUAUCUCGAAGCGUCUCGAAAGCUGCGUAUCCAGGACGAGGAAUCGACUCUACCUAUUUACAGCCACUUCAUGGAAACUGUGGCAGGAAUGGAAUAUAUCCGAAUCUUCCGCUUUCAGCAAUCAUCCAUGGAGCGUAUGUUGACGCUCUUGAGUGUGUCACAAAAGUCACAUUAUUAUAAGUACAGCCUAGAACGAUUGCUGUCGCUUAUGGCAGAUAUGGCAGGCGCUAUUGUUGCUUUCGGUCUUGUCUUCAUCGCUUUGAAGGCCAAACAUGCAGUCAGCCAAUCUUCCAUCAGCUUAUCCCUGCUUACUCUUAAUCUUUUCCUUGAUACUCUGAACUGGUGGGUUAGAGCAUGGGCUGGCUUGGAAACCUCUCUCGGCGCUGCUGCCCGCAUAAACGCAGUUACAUGCCUAGCACUCGCCGAACAGAAUGCAGCUAGACAAGUCGAAACCACUUCCGACUUGCCCCCGCAUUGGCCCAACACCGGUUUGGUAUCCUUUCGCAACGUUUCUGCAACAUACAGUGUGGAUGACAAGGCAAAGGCUUUGAGAGAUAUCAACUUGGAGAUUGCACCAGGCAUGAAGCUUGGACUAGUUGGCAGGUCAGGCAGCGGUAAAAGCUCUUUGCUUUUGGCAAUGCUCAACCUUCUCACACAUGAAGGUCAAAUCUUGAUUGAUGGCGUCAACAUCCGCGAGAUUUCCCAACAGACUCUGCAAACAAGUGUGACCUUUGUGCGACAACACUUGUUCCAGAUGCAAGGCUCAAUUCGUGAUAAUCUACACCCCUCUGACAAGGAGGCGCCAUCCGACGAGAUGAUGAUAGAGACCCUGACACAAGUCGAAAUAUGGGGAUCCAUUUUGGCCUUUGGUGGCCUUGAUGCAAAUAUGUCGACUGUCCACCUAUCACGCGGUCAAGUGCAGUUAUUCGCCAUCGCUCGUGCCAUUAUUCACCACAAGCAUUAUCACUCAUCAAUCAUCAUUCUAGAUGAGACUACAAGCUAUGUGGAUUCAGCGACUGACCAGCGCGUCCAGAGGAUCAUUGCCGAUGUCUUCAAGUCUGCUACUGUGUUAAUGGUGGCGCAUCGUAGUGCAACUACUGCCUACAUGGACUACAUGCUUGAAAUGGUCAAUGGUCGCACGGGUGUGCUUGUCGAUCGUGGAACAUGGACCCAAUCUAAUCGUUUGGGCUCACCGAGUGAAUCUGCUACCGAGUCAACUGAUAGUGAUAGGCAUUCUAUCGUUACGGAGGAUACCUACGAGACUGUGGCCUCAGAGCUGUCUGUGGAUGAACACCCUAUUCCCGAAGCUGAUGGCAUUGCUACUCCAUUGAAGCUACCGGGGGAUUCCGAACCUUUGGAAGCGUCUAACGAUGCAAGCCACGAACCAGUAUCUCCUGCCGAAGAAAGUGACGAUGAAUUUGCAAUUGCCCCUCCAGCAAUGGCUUUCACGACCCUCCAACUCAUCGACAGAAAGAAGGAGCUUAUCAGAAAGUAUCGCCGUCAGGUCACCAACGGCCAAACCAAAAUCCCGGACAGUGAAAACUUCUCAAUUGAUGACUUCUUCCCAGAUCCUGAAUCGCUUAUUAUGCAAGUGGCUGGGAAAUGGGUAUCUGGACAAUUUGUACGAGAUCUACCAGAAGACGAACCGCAUGACUCUCCAUGUGAUGAUUUCCCACUUACAAGCCCACCACCAUCACCCGCUCGCUGGCGACUCGAUAAGCGUGAUAGCCAGUCUCGCUCGCAGCGACUUCGCACCGAUCUAAAGAUUGAAUUAGGCGAGGCAGGAUCUAGUCAGCCUGGAGGUCUUUCGAUGUCCUCUGGAGAACUCUGUGCGACCCUCAGCCCACACAGCUUAACUACCGAAGGUUCACGAAGUCCUGAGGCUACAUCGCCUACCUGGCCAGCCGCUGAGUUUCAGAGUAUGGCACCAACACGACCUUGCCAAAUCGAACCAACACUAAGCGGCUCGGGUAUGUCGUUGAUUGCGCGUGAGAAUCUUCGCAAAAUCCCCGUUCCUGGUGACGACUAUGAGCUAGAUUUGCUGGAAGCUGUUGGUGCAGAGUCUCAGCUAGAGAGUGAGCGUGCAACUAGUCGAUCAUCACUUCGGUCAGCCAUUCGAAUUCAGCGACUAGGGGUGAGGAGCGAACGAAAGCAAGUUGCCAAGUUGGCCAAGCAAAUCUAUCGUUUGCAGCUUAUCGAAGCUGAAGCCGCGGCCGGGCUCCACCCAGAGGAUUUGGAAUCGGACAGCUCUUCAAACAGUUCUUCAGACAGUACUGUGUCAAGCUACGUCUCUAGCCCACUGCCUAGCCCUUCGCGAUACAAUCCAACACCGGGAUAUCCAGUGCAAAGUAGCGACGAUAACAUUUCCACACGUCCUGGAUCCUCAUCAAGGGCGACGCUUGCGGAUGGAGACGACGAUGACGAAGUCUUGUUCCUUAAACCUGUCGCCUAUGAGCGACCCAAGGACACCAAUUCGACAACUCCAGCAGCUACACCAACAUCGACAAACAGUUCCACAACUGUAACAGAAGUUGCCAAAGCGUCAGUCGCUGAAACUAGCGAAGCUACUACAAAUACGCUGGCGGGCGCCGCAGAGUCAAGUGACAGUUCGGAUGAGAGUGAUACGGAGAUGAUGUUGGUGCCAAGAGAUGCAUUGGGCUUGACCGCAUACGACUACUUGGACAACGCAGAAUCUGCAUAUGGUCAGUCGACCGUGGUUGAGGAUGACGAGGGUGAAAACUAUGGCAUGGUUAUUCGUCAACAACCUCCAACAGGCUACGAUAUGAAUCGUGAAGGCAAUCUCUCACCCACGUCGGCUGAAAGGAUGUGGGAUACCUAUAUGGUCAGGUACCCAGAGACCACAACAACAAGGGAACGCCGCCGGCGCCUUGCUUCUCUUAGAGCGGCGAUGGAAGUUCAUGAACGAGGGCACCGAAGGCGCGUCGCUGAGGCAAUGCAUGCAAACGCUCACUUCUACAUUGAGGAAAUGGAGGCGCCAUUCACUCCUAGACUGCCUGGCCAAGAGGAGGAGCAGCCUAUUCCGUUCUCCCCUCACGGCUACAUUGAUACGUCUCAGGUGCACCUUCAACAACAUGUUGCCAGAGCGCAGCAAAAGGUGCAGCGAUACGUAAUGCAACAGGCUGAGGCCCAGGACCGCCAGCAGGCCGAGCUGUUAGCUGCUGUUGAUGAUCCUGAGGCCACAAACCUUCAAGCGGUAACUCUACAGUUCUUUACUGACUGGGAGUCUGCAAGCUGUAUUGCGCAGCCGUCACCAGAACUUGGCCAGGAUGGGGAACCGCCUACGUCUCCAUUUUUAAACGAUCAUCUCCAGCCAAUUAUGAAGAAGCGGAAGAGGGCGGCGACAACAGCAACAGCAGCGGCGAAUGUUCAAGAGCCGCUAACACGUGAGGAAGGCAGCCCAGCUUCAGAGCCUGGCCCUUCCUCUUCUGUGAAUGUACCCGAACCCGAUGUGUCAUUGCCUGAUACCGAGUCGGAGACGAAUCAGUCUGCCAAUACUGGCGUAGAGGCGGAGCAGACUGAGACUGGGCAUGCAGAGGCUGUGCAAGAAGAGAACGGGGAAGUUGAGUUGGCCAAUGCACCAAGCCUGGUAGAUGAAGAACCAACUCCAGUCAACCCCGGAGGAGUCACUUUGUUGAGGUACCCGGACUUUACAGUUGAGGAGGAGACAGAGACCGCCGAAGCUGAAGAAACACUUUCACCAUCAGCACAGUCUGAUGAAGAAGAGAAUGUGACUCUAUCGAAUACGUCCACGCCCGCCCUCGCUGACACACAUGUUGGCUUGACGGAGCAGGCGGAGGAGAAGGAAGAGACGCUCCUAUCGGACACACAGAACGAGACCAAGACGGAUGCUGAUGAUGAACGGGCGGCAUAGUAUUUUCUUUUACUCGAGUUUAUUUUGUUGGGAGUUUUUGAGGGGAUUGUAUAUUUUGUUUCAUGACACGGACUUGUACAAACUGAAAGUUUUUUGUACAUUGGCAGGCUAUUUUGGUUUAUUUAGGAGUUUCUAUGUACGGAACGGAGAAUGCCCGUGGAGGCAACAAGGAAAUA